GCAGAUUCGACGCACGCCCGGCUCCCGAAUUGGCAGAGGCGCUCGUGGCAGGACGUGCCAUCGCGAGCACAUUGGGAUUGGACUUGGAUUGGGCAGCAUUGGCCUCGAGCACUUGGACGAGCAAGGCAGCGAUUAUGUGCCAUGGCGCUCGAUGGGGCGAUUCGGGGCGUUUUGGAGGCCCGAGUGAGGAGCACGGCGGAGUCUUGUUCUUCUUCGUCCGCGUCGUCGUCGUGGCGGGAGGGAUUUGCGUCGAGCUCUAGUGGCGGUGGUGGUGGGCUGCGCGGGCGGCAUUGCAAUGGAGCGAUUUGUUGCCGAGUUGCGGAGCGGAGGAAGCAGUUUUUCGGGUCGGCUUUGCGGUGUGGGGAGGAUGGGAAGGGUGGCGGGGGGAGUGCGAGGGCGGGAAGAGCGAGGAGGUGGCAUUUUGGGGAGGUGGUGGUGGAUGGCGGGGCUUUUUUCAAGGUUAGGGCGGAGGCGGAGGUGGCAGAUGGGUCCAGCGCCAGGUCCGAGACGGGAAUUGGAGCCAGCGGGAGUGUCCGGCAGGGGCGCGAUGAUGAUGGCGACAGCGGCAAAGCUCAGGCGCUCAGCGAUUCUGCGAUUUAUCCCGUGAUGAGAGUUUUCCGGAACGAUCUUUGUAGUUUGGAAAUUACCGGCGAUGCCAAAGCCUUGGAAGUCGUCUCCGCCAUGGCAGCUGAUGGUGGGUUCACUGCCUCCGAGGAGCUUUCGAAAGGAAGGUCUCUCAUGACCGUGGAGACAAUUGUUCCAGGGCGUCCUGAGGAUCAUAGCACUGUUUCCACCAAACUACUUGCACCUACUCGAUUGGUGAAUAAGAGGGCGAAGCUCAUGUGGGCCAAGGGAGUAGCCCAAAAGAAAGUGAGCCUUUCAUCUGGAAAUGCUCUUGCCAGGGCAUUCCAGAGUGUGGUUGUGCAGCGAGUGUUGGCAUUUGACCUUCGUGUACAGGUCCCCGGAACAGUCCGAGAUAUGGCAAACUUGGCAAAUGAAAAAGAGACGGGGCUUGUAGCAAGUUUGGAGUCCCGAGAUGGUAAAGUCCUCGACGGACUGGCCGAAGCUGUAUGCUCUUACGUUUUAGCGAACAUCAAGGACACUUCCGAGCGAAAGUCUUCAGGGAAAGGAGGAUUCUGGAGGGUGCUGCCUUUCUGGGAUAGGCCGCAACGUGUUUGGUCUCUCGAUAAGACCAUUUGUUUGAGUACUCUUUCGGACAGCGAAGUCGUGCAGCAUGCCAAACAAAUAUUGUCAACACCAACGGCUCGGAGUUACCUGCCGUCUGGUCGACUUACGAGAACGCAUCAUGCAUGGUGGCCACUUUCCGAUGUUGCACCGGCCUCAAGUUUUCUCACUAGUGACGGAGUCCAUUGUUUUGCCGAGCAUAUUCCAAUACAUAGAAUAGAGAUCGAUAUCAGUAAAGUGCGAGUUGAAACCAAACAUUGGAACCAGACGAGGGACAACAUUGUGGAAUUGCAACUUACUCAUGCUCAAUUGGUAGAUAUUGCCGAUAUGUUGGAUCUUUUCUACGAAGAUGGAUUCACGGCUCCCUCCAAAAGGCUUCGGAGUGGGACGGACUUGAAGGUGUCGCAAAAUAUACGGAGUAAGGUCGGGAAGGCUAUAUGGACAGCUGUUGGUUCCGUCAUAACUGGAGGAAUCUUGAUUGUGGGUCUAUUUGUAGCAUCUAAAAUGAGGGUCACACCCAAUGGUGGCAUAUUUGCUAGUGAUCUACCUUUUCCAGUAGGUGUGAGCGUUGCAGAAACUCUCAGAUCCAAAUGGUGUACCCCUAAAUAUAAUCAAAAGGCACUUCUUCCCAGCAACGAUGACAUUCCACGUGAAGAGUUGGCAGCUUUAUGUGCCCAAUUGAUAGUUAGAAUGAAGGACGCGUUUGGCCUCGAUGGAGAAAUCAAAACUAGUCCUGAGAAGGGUGCAUGGCUCGGACCGGAUAUCACGGACUGGGGAAAGAAACGUAGCCCAGUUCAAGUGGAUCAAAGGCGCCCUGACAGCAGCUCGGAAGCGAGAGAUGCAGUUGUAAAUGAGAGUUCAAACUUACCGAGGAGUGAAGCAUUAGAGGAAGUUGUGUUGUGUUACCAGGUGGUGGUACAAAGGGAUGGGAAGGUAUUGGGUUUCCAACCUCUCAAUAAACCUGCAAUCAGGUAUUGGGCGAACUAUCCUUUCGCAGAGGACAUCCACAAUGGGCGGAGAUUGGGACCAGGUGUGGUAGAGCCGGGGCUCAGGUAUGUGGAACCUCCAUCACAGUUGAUUGCCAUCGAGCUCUUGUGUCGACCUCAUUCAUAUACGCCUUCAAUUGCAGCGAGGCCCAUAGAAUUAACACUCGAUCAAGAACUCGAUUGAAGAUGUUCAACACUCCCAAUAAAUUCUGCAAGUCACAACGAGUACAUAUUGUUACCAUGUUUUUCGUCGCUCUCUCACUGUUUAACUGGUCAUUUAUGGGUGCCGAAUAUAUUUAAUUUUGUAUAAUCUUGAUCGUUUGCGCGAGACGAUACGAAGAUAGGUAAGGAGUUUAUGUGAAUACGUUGAAGAUUCAACACCCUGAGCAGUAGUAUGCCUGUCCAGCCCCCUAAGCGCAUGAUCACGUGCAAUACAGAAUUCUAACCACC